AUGUCUCGCGAGGGUUUUCAGAUCCCUACUAACCUAGACGCAGCAGCUGCUGGUACUGCUGCGGCCAGAACUGCCACUCUAAAGUACAUUUGUGCCGAAUGCUCUGCCAAAUUGUCGCUUUCCAGAACUGACCCAGUUCGUUGCAAAGAGUGCGGUCACCGUAUUCUGCUCAAAGCACGCACGAAACGUAUGGUGCAGUUCGAAGCUCGCUGA